AAUGAGACACUCAAUACAUAUAUAUCAGCACAUGUAAUUUAAUCAUGAAUAAGGCACAAUUCUAAUAUUGGGAGAUUAAUCUCCAAGUAUAAACAUGCUUGACAUUGAUGUCAAUAGAAGCUACAAAGUGGUUCAUUUCUGCAAGAUUCUACACAUCCAUAUGGAACGCCUCAGCUGUCUCGCCUAUAUACUUUUAUUUUCGUUGUCUGCAUGUCUAUGGUCGUUACGUGGGAUUCGAAUAUCGUUAGGUACAAGCAACAAGUUGUAGAGUGAAAUCUGCAUUGUGUUAUAUAUAGUUCAUCUAUCGUUCUGUACAAACAAAAUUCCGUCUUGUAAAGUUCGCAUUUUGGUAGGUGCAAUUAUCAUUGUAUUAUGUUCAGAAUUAACUUUGCUCUGUACAAAAAAACUUUUUGUUGUGUGCAAAUUACACAUCGUUAUGUGCUUUAGAUAAUGCGUUAUGUAUGUAUGACGAGUUUUGCUGUGCAAUAUACAAAUCGUUAUGUACAUAUUUCAAUUGGUUUUAUCCGAUUUUAUUGUUGUUCUCUACAAAGCGCACUUUGUUCUGUGCAAUACACACUCCGUUAUGUAGUUACACUGUAGUGUUUAGUACGUUAUCAAAACCGCUCUCUAUGAAAAACAGUUUGUUCGUUGAAAAGUAAAAUUCGUUCUGUAAAUUCGGCAAUUCGCUUUGUAAAUCUUGAAGUUGUUCUGUGUUUACAAAUGUUUAUUAUGUGCUUAUGGCAUUUCGCUAUGAACAAGUGUUUUUCGAGUAAGUGAACAAUAGUUCUGUAUAUUAGACUGGUCGUUUUGUGCAUUUUACCGUUGUUCUAUAUAGACUAUGGUGUUCUAUGUGUGCAACUUUGUAACGUAUCCUUAUCGCAGUUGAUUGUGUACAAUCCUUACCGUUAUCUCGAAAUGACUACACGUUCUGCGAACACAACCAACUGUUCUGCAAAUACUGUAAUGUGUACUGUACAUACCCAUUAUUUACCUGUAUUUGUACAUAACCUUCAACCAAAAUAUUGAAAAUGGAGGCAAUGGAACGUGUUUUAAGAAGCGUUAACUUGGAUGCACAUUUUUUUAAAUUCAGGAGCGAAAUAAUAACCCCUGACCAUAUUUGUAAACUGACAAGGAAAGACUUUGUUAAUCUUGGAAUUAAUAGCAAUGCAGAUAUGAUGAGAUUACGUGUUGAAUGUAUCCCAUUUGGAAAAAAGAACAAGGUGUUUAAGUUCGAAAUAACAAAGGAUAUGAUUCAUACAUUGUUGGAAUCGGGCUUUACUGUGAAAGAUUUGGCUAAAAUGUUGGAUGUAUCAGAGAGAACAGUGUUUCGCCGAAUGAGUCAGUUCAACAUAUAUGUGCACAGUUUUACUGAUAUUGACAACCAAACGCUAGACAAACGUGUCAGAGAGCUUAUUACCGAGUAUCCUCGCUGCGGAGAGAAAAUGAUAGGACAGAUACUUCGUGUGAGAGGAAUAAAGGUAAAGAGGUCCCAAUUAAGAGAACGACUGCACAUUGUCGAUAAAAAAGGGAUUCGAGAGAGACGCCACAGACGUUUGCACAGAAGAAUCUACAACGUGGAGGCCCCAAAUUAUGUAAAGAGGUCCCAAUUAAGAGAACGACUGCACAUUGUCGAUAAAGAAGGGAUUCGAGAGAGACGCCACAGACGUUUGCACAGAAGAAUCUACAACGUGGAGGCCCCAAAUUAUAAAGUCAAAGGAGAUGGAACAGGUCAUUCAAGAUGACAAUGAGUGUUCAUACGAUGAACUACCAGAGUCAGAGGACGACACAGAUGAAGCUGUAGUUCAUAAGGUGAUGGGUAUUUUGAGAAGACGAAUUAUAGAGAAUAAUCCUAAAUUUGAUGACUUCUUUUACGCUCCAGAAGAAAUCAAAUUGACAGAUCAGAAGCAGUUUGUGGAGCCUCUUCUUUACAAGUCAGUGUGUUGGUUACAUGACAAAAAUGCUACAAGGAAGCUUCUGAGAGGACCAUUACAAGAUGUCUAGCUGUUGCUUGUGACCUAACUACACUUGUCACGUAAAACCCAUCCCCUACACACCUGGGCUUAGGGAUACACCUCAACAGCCGCCAUCUGAUUGAAGAUAUGUAUUCUCUUGUUUAUUCCAUCUCAUAUCCAGAUCUUCGGUUAUUCUUGACAUCAGCAGCCCAACAGAACAUUGCAUCACACAAAAUAACAUACUCUGGUGGUAUUGUACCAGACAAUAUACUACCUAGAGACCAAAGGGGGAAGCUUGUAGUGGCAGUUGACGAUAACUGGAAUCUGAAUGAGCGAACAGUUGAUGGUAAAAGGACAACUCAUGCGAUGACAAGCAUGUUGGUCAGCAGUGCGCCAGCCGAGUCAACGCGGAUUCCACAACUUCCGAAAGCAACAAGUAGGACGUUUGACAGUCAGUCACUUUCUGGUUUACAGGAGUUGUUUUUCAGUGUUUGUAACUUGAAAACAUAAUUUGUGAUUUGCAUCAUUUGUAUUAGUAAAUACAAUGUAAAACCUCAUAAUUUACAACAUUUGUAAAUAACGUUUAUGAGUCUGUAUCAAGCACUAAUAACUGGUUGGAUUUGAUUGUUGAAUAAAUAUGAUAGAUGGAACACUGCAUAGCUGUUCUUUACAUUUGCCUUGAUAAGUCUUAAAGUAUUUAUUAAAGAUUAAAAGCAAACUUAUUAAACUUGAUGGUUAUAAUGCCAAAUGACUUUCCACGAACCAGAAAAAUGGCCACAUAGCGUAUGCAGUCUUGGUUACCAUGGUUACCAACACAAUUUUAGGCAUUUACUUUUGUUUAAAAUGAAGCUUGUAAAUGUGGCUAUAUAAUAAAGAGGUUAGUUAUCACAGCAAAUGUAAAGCAUUCGAAUUUAAAAAGAAAAUGAUAUGUCAAUACUCAAUUUUUCGUUUAUUUUUCCAUUUUGACCAUGAAAUGACCUUGACCUUGACCUUUGGUGACCUUGGUGAUCUGUUUGGUAGAAGCCCUAUAUCAAUGGAUUACUUCUAUCAGAUAUUAAAGUCAGUACAUAUAGGUGUUCAA